AUGGACAUCCGUCCUGCUACUUCAGCGCCGGCGCUAGCGAGCACUUCGCUCCCAUCUUUCGUCUCUUGCAGUCGCGACUGCAAUGUCCCAGCUACUUCAGGAGCAUUGUCUGCUCUUUACAAAGAGAGUCAUCGAGCGUCUCCUGGUCCAUUUCAUGCUCCAAGUUUCAAGACGGAAGCCAAUUGUGCGACGUCACCAGCUUCUGGGACUGCUGACUCGUGGCCAUUGCCGAUGUCGAGUUGGUUGACAGCCUCGUUGAUGCCCAGACAGUUGGUACCAGUCACAUGUGCCAUGCCACGAAUGGACGACGGUUCGCCUACGAGCUCUGCAAUUGAACUCGACAGGUUCAGUGGGUUCGGUGCUGAACCUGUCGAAACUGACGUGGGGAGUCGCUCUUGCCGCUAUAGUUAUGGCUUUAGUGCUGCAGCAUUGACGGGGGCAAUGGAGCCAGAGACGAAACUACAUUGCGGCGCUUGCACGACUAUGGGUGCCGCUUUGGAGGCGAUUCCGUCGUCGCGAGUACCGGCUGUGAUUACAAGUCUUACCCCAGCAGCGCCAAGCCGGAAGCGCAAGCGGAUUCCUGGUGCGAUGCGCCUGCGCAAGUUUUUGUGCACAUAUCCUGGGUGCGGCAAAUCGUUCAAGGACAGUACUCGCUUGAGGGACCACACAGUUGUACACUUUCGUGUGCAAACUGGCGAGCAGCCAUAUGUUUGCCGUGUUCCCGGCUGCAGCAAGAGGUACUCGUCAUGCGCUGCGUUGCCGUCCCACCGCUCGUCACAUGCGUCUGAACAAUCGUUAACUGCACAACAAAUUCGGGGCGAAAGCGUCCGAGCAGCGGUCGAUGCUAAUGCUCCACAGCUGCAAGAGACGCGGAUGUCGCCGUUUGGAUGUCUGGAAUGCGGAAAACGGUUCCAUGUGCGUGAAUUGCUGAUGGCUCACUUGGAGAUCCACGCUGCUUACCGUGCAGCUGCUCUCGCCACUAUGCCAGCGACUGGAAACGCUACAAAUGAAUCAAGAAGAGGUGGAGAUGAAGCAGGUGCUCUGCAGUGGCACGGGUACGGUAUUGAGAGCUUGCCCAGUGUUGUUGGUACUCCAUCAUUCAAUGAGAGCAGAGAGUAUCAGGCUACGAUAAGAGCACAACAAAGCCAGAUUGAACUGCUGGAGGCUGAAGUCGUACGGCUGCGCAAACAGCUCUCUACGGUCCCUGCCGCAACUAGUGCUCCACCUGCAAUAGUGAUCAGUGAUCAGCUUGCAGUGACCCCUCCAGUCGCAAUGCUCUACGAUGGCUGUAAACCGUUUGAAUGCGGUAUCUGCCACAACCGCUUUACCAACUUCUGUCAGCUCACUUUUCACGGCAAGCACCAUCCACAGUCGCCAAUGACAGAAGUGGUGGGGAAGCAGGUUUGA